CUCCUCCUUCCACGACAGCCAGGUUGAUGCAGUUAUAAAAGCCUCCAGGACACAAAAACAAGCUUCAGCUUCUGCUCACAUCUGGAUCAUCGCACAGAAGACACUGCUGCAUGUCUGUACAUGAUGGCCCUGCAGGGUAAAGUGGCUGUAGUGACUGGUGCUGCUCAGGGUUUGGGGAAAGGAUUUGCUGAGAUUCUCCUGCAAAAUGGAGCCAAAGUAGCUCUGCUGGACAUAAAUGAAAAGGCUGGUAAAGAGCUGGAGACCCAGUUUAAUGAAGCAUAUGGUGCAGACAGGACCCAUUUUUAUCCAGUAGAUGUUUCCUCAGACCAGCAGUUCAAAGAUGCGUUCCAGAAAAUCCUCUCAAAGUUUGGCCAAGUGGAUAUAUUCUGCAAUAAUGCAGGAAUCGUCAAUGAAAAACAGUGGGAGAAAACAGUGUCCAUAAACUUAUGUGGGGUGGUGAGGGGAACGUAUCUGGCGUUGGAGCACAUGAAGAAGGAGAACGGAGGACAGGGCGGAGUCAUCGUUAACAUUGCAUCAUUAGUAGGUUUGCUUCCACUGGCCCAAACUCCAAUCUACACUGCCACCAAGUUCGGAGUGGUGGGCUUCACGCAAGCUUUAGCUCUGGCUUCAGAAGUGGCAAAUUAUGGCGUCAGGAUUAACGUGUUGUGUCCAUCCUUGGUACGGACACCCCUAACUGACAACUUCAAUUCGGAAGAACAAACCGGACAGUUUAUGGGAUUAAUGAAUUUCACACGCUCAUUAAUGAAGAAGUUCCCUGUUGUAGAGGUGGAGGAGGUGUGUAAAGGGCUCCUGCUGCUGGUGAAGGAUGACAGUCUGAAUGGAGCGUGUCUGGCUGUGAUGAAAGAUGAAGCUGGUCUUGUUUCUUUCCCAAAAGAAAUCCCCAAAACUCCAGUAGCUCUGUAACUCCCCCCCCCCCCAAAACCCCCCCAACCCCCCAAAACCCUCUCCACUUACCCUCAUUACAAUCCCCAUCCCGGUCCCCCGCGGCUGGUGGAACAAAGCUCUGUGCCUUUCAGCAUUAAUCAAUGAAAGACUAAACUUGUCCUCGAAUUGUGUAACAAUCAGAAAAAUGUAUAAAAUAAAAAUUUAACUUUU